AUGGAUGUCAUCUGUCAUGUGUGUGGCCUAAAAUUACCCGGCAUUCAGCUCAACCGACACCUGGAGAAAUUUCAUGGCUUUCAAAAACCAUCCAAUUCAUUUGAGUGUUCGGAGUGUGCCGCCAAUUUCUCAACUAAGUUCGUUCUCAAGAGGCAUUUGAAGAACAUUCACAAUAUUUGCCAUGAGGAGGAGAAGAAGCAAUUCAAGUGUGACAAGUGUGAUUCUUCUUUUACUGAAAGAAAAAGUUUAUAUAGGCACUUGAGAACCAAACAUGAUCAGACAGAAAUUGACAUGGAGCAACAAGACAACAGUAAAAAACCGAGAAGCACCCAAGAAAUUGGUUUUGAAUGCUAUGUGUGCGACAAAACCUUUGUUAGUGUGUCCACACUUAACAGACAUAAAAAGCUGCAGCAUGAUCUUGUUUUAAAUAAUUCUGGCAAGUUCAAAUGUCCUCAAUGUUCUGAUGAAUUUGCGACAAAGGGGCAGUUGGACCACCAUGUGGACAGUGCUCAUCACAUAGAACCAGAGUCUGAAUUAAUGUCGUUUCCCUCCCUUGAAGAUUUCUUUAAAUGGAAAAACCAAAUGGAGAUAGAAACAAUGUCCCACUAUGUGAAACAUACUGGCUCCAAGCCAGUAAAGAAUGGUCUCAGAUCAUAUUACUUCUGUCAUCGUUCCGGUUUUGAGAGAUCAAAGGAAGAGGAUGAGAAGCAAAGAAUUAACUGGCAGUCCACAGUUAAAAUGGGAGCCCACUGUACCUCUCAGAUGACUAUGACACAGUGUGGUGAUCAUGUUGAGGUGUCCUUCUCCAAAGUCCAUGUAGGUCAUGAAAUUGGUGUCAAAUACCUGCAGCUUACCAAGAUCCAGAGAGAAGAACUGGCAGCCAGAAUUGCGAGGAAGGAAAAUUUAAAUGAAAUUCUUAAUGAUGUCCGAAAAUCUGUAACAGAAGAAAUUAACCAAGUGAGCAGGCUCCAAAUGCUUGAACGAAAAGACCUGCUCAACAUCAUCAGGGACUUUCAGCUGGAUGAAAGCAAGGCAGACCAGAAUGACGCAAUGAGUGUGCACAUGUGGGUGGAGGAGCAGCUGAAAAUAGGAGAUGAAGGUGCAGUGAUUUUUUACAAGCCACAACAUCAAUUGAUUGAAGGCAGCACGCUCAAAAAAGAAGACUUCAUGAUUGUUAUAAUGACUCCAUACCAACGUGAGGUUUUAUCCACAUUCACAGAGGACAAAAUUUUAAUUGACAGCACACAUGGGACUACUGAAUAUGACUUUCAGCUCACGACUUUAAUGACUGUGGAUGAAUAUGGUGCUGGGUGCACUGUGGCAUUCUGUAUAAGUAAUAGAAUUGACGCUACAGCCAUGAUUGAAUUCUUCACAAGUGUGCGCCAAAAGGUAGGAGUCAUAAAAACUGACACCUUCAUGUCAGAUGAUGCACCAGCCUACUACAAUGCCUGGUUAGUGGUCAUGGGCCCAAGCAAGAACAGGCUUUUGUGCACCUGGCAUGUUGACAAAGCGUGGAAAACACAGGCACCCAUUCAAGUACAGGCAAGCAUUGAGAAAGCUGCUGAGGUGUACAAGGGAUGUAGAGUGCUGCUGGAAGAACCUGAUAUAAACGAAUUUGGACACCUUUUAGAUGGUUUUAUUAAAAUGUGUGAAGAAGAUCCUGACACACAGGCAUUUGCGAAAUACUUCAAGACCACCUACGCCCAGAGGCCUGAAAUGUGGGCCCACUGUUACAGAAUCCGACUAGGACUCAAUACCAACAUGUACUUGGAAGCAAUGCACAGAAAGCUGAAGUACAUAUACCUUGACGGUCGCAAAAACAGAAGGAUGGAUAAAUGCAUAUCAGCUUUACUGAAGUUUAUUAGAGAUUUAAUGUUUGAGAGGAUCAUUCGUAAGAACAAAAACAAACCGACAAAGAGAAUGCUAUCCAUCAGUGCCAGCCACAAACGCAGUAAAAAGAUACCGGAUACAAAAAUUAGAGCUUUAGCAACAAACCAGUGGGAGGUAGAAUCAUCAGUUUCCACAAGAGGGCCGUAUGUUGUCCAGAAACUUGACAAAACUUGCAGCUGUGCUCUUCGAUGUCCUUUGUGCAAAGUCUGCGUGCACCAAGCCAUAUGUGACUGUCCCGACAACAUGAUAAGACUUAACAUCUGUAAGCACAUGCAUGCGUGUAUUAGAAAAGUCCCACUGGCAGAGAUAGCAGAUAAUCAUCAGGAGGAAGAACAUAUGCAAAGAGAAGAGACUGUACUCACACAAUCUGUUGCUAAUCUGGUCCCAGUGGGCUCAUCAAUUAGCGCCCGCACAGAACUUGACUGCCUAAUUAUGAAGGCCAACAACCUUGCUGACUUGAUUGAGCCAGAGAACCAGAAGGAAGCAAGUGCUGGAGUUAGACGACUGAUAACUUAUUUUGAGAGUAUUAUCAAGAAACAGGAUCCUUCCACAAUUCCACAGAGAUCAAGUACUGAACCUGCAAACAAAAAAAUUAUGACUCAAAGAUUCAAAUCAACUAAAAAGAAGAGACCAGUAAAGCGUGAAAGAAGAUUUGCGAAACCAGGAGAUGUUCAGAAGGAACUUUUAAGGUGCAUGUUUAUUGACAAGGAUGUUCGUGAGGCUGAUGUAGUGCAGGUGCAAAGUGUAGGGGAUUUGGACCAUACAUACUAA